CAGUUCGUGUACGAAUUCGGCGUAUCCGGACCUGCGCGCAGAGGAUGUCAACGUGACGGGCCGAUUGAAGAGUUGCGAUGCCGUAGUCGUCGCUAUGAGCGAGAGCCGGUGCUACACGGAUUCGCCCGUGCUCGCCGAACAUCAGCCCUUCAACCGUAAUGGGAAGGCGCUCAGGGGAUCUAAGAAGAGCGUGCUGUUCUACACGACCGACUGCGGAGACGAAAAAGAGGACCUGGGUCUCAAGCUUCAACAGCGAUCCGUCUCAUUGACUGCGUUACACACCGGAGUUGGUGCUCAGCAGCAGCUAUUGGAACCCAGGAUGGCGCAGUUGGAGACUUUAGAGGCUAAGAUGGCCAGUAUAGAGGUAUCGUUAUCGACGACACCAAGGCGGAAGAAAGGCGGCAGUAUUUCCGGAGGUGUUCCGUCCCCCGCUGGUCACCGGAACAGAGAUCAUUACAAGGAAUUGGAUGCCCUCCGCGUGGCUCUACGCGACAAAGAAAAUAUCAUACAGACACUCAAGGGCCAGCUUUGCAACACGCUGAGCGGUAGACUGGCAUUACGCAACGGCGCGCCACCCUUGACCGAGGCCGACAGGAAAGCGGCCGAGGAGCGGCUUCAAAGGCUGCGACGGGACGCCGACAAUAAGCGUCUGGCCAUUAAGAACCUGAAGCUCGCGCUCGAACGUCUCGAUAUCACAGAUAACAUCGACGUUCGAAUACAGCAAGCAGAAUUGGAAUACAGACUAGGUCGCGAGGAGCUUGAACUGCUAACUCUUCAUGAGGAAAGCAGAGCUCUGCAAACCGCCUUGGAGCUGGCCGAAACUCAAGAAAAACAAAAGAAUGAUACAAUAUUCAGCUGCAUUUCUGGUUCGACGCAAGUCACGAUUCACGCGGUAGAAGUCAGUGCGGAUCCGAAAAGUCCCCGUUUCGGAGCUGGCCCUAGGGACGAUGCAAUAGGUCUCUACGUCGAUUGGGCCGUAGAAGAUUCCGGUCUUUGUAAGGGAGACAGAAUCUUGGAAGUGAACGGCAAACUCGUGGUAGGAGCAGGUAGAAGCGACCUGGCACGUCUUCUAGCCGUCGCGCCCGACGCCGCGCAGAUAGUGGUCCUUCGAAAGGGAGAAUCCCUUGCAGCGUUGCGUACCCUGCGCUCUGAUAAUCUCAGGCUGACGCAUAGAAUCGGUUACCUUGAGGAACAGGUCAGAGAUCUUCUGGCGCCGAGCAGAACCGAAGUCCCCACCGAGGAUCCACCGCCUAGUCGUCAGGAACAUGUACAGGUUUUCCAAAAGGGGCCUCAAGUGACAGCACUUGUGGCAAAUCUACCUGGUCUCAAUGUGAGAAGUAGCACGGAACUGCGACAAAGUCUACCGACCGUCCGAAGUAGUAGACACAGCGAUCACUCCAGGCGCCUGAUGGACUCGAGGAACCAGCGCGAGCUUGACUUUUCAUCCGAUGGGGUAGCGAACGGUCACCACAAGUCCCGGAACCGACAAAAGCACCAAGGGCUCCAGUUGGCCAGAUCGACAGCCAGUCUCGACUGCAAGCAAUCACCGAUGCAGAUGCAGCGUCGAAGAUCACCGCGUGUCGAGUCCGCCAUGGAGCAUUUGCACAAAAGUCGCAAGAGCGGCUCGCAGUUACAAUCCUUGGAGUUUGAUUCCGAACCUACUUACUAUCGUUUGCAGGAUUCCCAGUCUCGCGCAUCAGAGAAUUCAGAAGUAUCGGCAGUGUACAGUUCCCAGGAGGCAAAGACUCGCCCGGCGCCACCGAAGAAACCACUGCGGCUCUCCCUACAUCGCGCAGCGAGUCUUCAAUCCGUAGAAAGCGCACCACCGGCCGCGCCACAGCAUGACAUAGCGCGAAAGCCGACGAAGAGGAACCAUCGAGGCGAUCCACCUACGGAGAAGGCUGCAUCGCGACCUGAGAUAAACGGGAACGGGAACGUGAACUCCCAAGAAUCUCACGCCGGUCCACCGCAGCCACCCCCAAGGACGCCCUCCAGGGCAGAAUCAUGUCAAAGCGCCCUGCGAUGGCCCUCUCCUAAGCCGAGAGCGCACUUAACGUCCGUGCCAAUGGAGAAGUGGUGCUGAACCUUGGGAAUUUACGGACGUUUCUCGGACGAGAAAACGAAAGAGAGAAUAAGAAAAAGAGAAU